CAGCAGAGACACAUUCUCAGCCAACGACGAGGACGAGAGCAGUCUGAAGAAGGGCUCUUUCCUGUAAAGACACACCAUCCAGACAGAUCAAGCCAUGGCCAGAGUCCCCGAGUUCCAAGACGAGAUCAUGGAUUUUUGCAGCAUGAAUGAGGUUGAGUUCUACGUAGAGGUCCGGCCGGCUUCCACCAAGGGCUCCUUCCUAGAAAAGCAAAGGCACCAAGCUUCCCAGGAAUGCGAGCUGGGCAUCCAGGUGGAGAUCUGCAAGCAGGCUUCGGCCAAGGGCUUUCGGAAAGCAGCAAUCAUUGUGGUGGCCCUCGAGAGGAUGAGGAAGCAUUCACCGGCCAGGUUUUUCUCCGACGAAGACCUGAUGGACAUCUUGAGCACCGUCUUAGAACCCAUAGACGUCGACACCUGCAGCGUCACCUACGCCACUGACUCCACCUACCAGUUCUCUGAGGACGUUUCCUACGACAUCCAGGACAUCGAGCAGAAGUCCCUCGUCCUCUGCGAGGCGCCCACCGAGCUGGUGGCCCUGCACCUCCAGGGCCCCAACAUCAACCAAGCAGUGAGGCUAAAGAUGUCCAUCUACCGACCCAAGAGGGAGGCUGGCUCCACCAAGACCCCCGUCACUCUCAACAUCAAGGGAAAGAAGCUCUACCUGUCCUGUGUGCUGAAAGGGGAGGAGCCCGUCCUGCAGCUGGAGGAGGCCAACCUUCAAGGCAACCUGGACACCUCCAAACUGGGCCGUUUCCUCUUCUACAGGGUCACCGGGGACCACACUCGCUUUGAGUCAGCCGCCUUCCCCAACUGGUUCAUCUGCACCUCCCCCAGGAACAAUGAGCUUGUGACCAUCACCAACCGCCCCGGGGAGGCCCUCAUUGUGGACUAUGACCUCACCCGCUAGGGGGUGAUUUUUGGCCUCUUGGACAGGAAACGGGCUCCAUCUUCCAUGUGUUCCGGAUCUUGGAUGCUCUUGGGUUCCAGAUGGGCCUCCUAUAUGCCAAGAAGUAUACUGUUAUCUCUGUGAGACCGAAGAAGCCCCGUCUAUGAUGGAAACCAACUCCACCAAAAUUGGUUCUUCCUGCCCACCAAGCGCCUUGCAGUUUGGGCCACCCCCCACCCAGGAUCUAGGGUUCCCUAUGGAACAGGCCUGG